GAAGUGAUAACGAAAAUCAAUAACAACUAAUUACAAUAUUUUUUGUUUUACUUGUAACUUGUUAUUUAUUAUUAUUAUUGUUAUAUUGAUUAAAAGACAACGAUUAUUUGCGGAGUUGAAUUAUUGUAGAAUGGUUGGCCAAUUGGCUAUGAUACAUUGACACGUGAACUGUAGAAUUUUAACAUUUUAAAUUAGUAUUUUUUUUAUACUAUUCUACAUUUUGGUUGAUACUAAACAUUUUUCGUAUGUUUACUGAGUUAAUAUCAUUGAAAUUUACUUAUAAGUUACAUUAAUAUAUUAAGUCUGAAAAGUAUAUACAUUUUUAAAAAAAUACUUAUAAAUGUAUCAUUAACAUCAGCUUAUACAUUUAAAUUAAAAGGAAUACUAGAAGAUAACCUCAGAUUGUUACAUAAAACAUUGUUAAGAUGUUUCCGAUGGAAGAAUCAGAUGAAGUAUUUGAUGCUGUUAUACGCUAUGGUUUAUACUUAGUUGCCAUUUUUCAAUUAGUAUGCAUAACAACUGUAUUUUUGUUGACUGACCAAUCUAAUGACUCAAAAGAUAACGGUGAUGGCAGUGAAUAUGAUUCUGAUGGCAGUACAUUUGCAUCACCUAGACGUCCAUAUUCUCAUCAUAGAUCAAGAAAACAAGACAAGAAGAAAAGACGAUGAGUUAAAAUAAUUUAUACUUGUAAAAUUGUUCCUUUUUUUAAGCUUAGUUAUUUUUAUUAUAGUAAUCUAUUACUAAUAGGUAUUUUUUAUAUACACAACCUUAAACUUUAAAAUCUCAUUUAUGUAUUUUACUUAUAUUAUUUAUAUAUUACCCUUUAUAUUGUUUAUUUAUACCUCUUCAAUAUAUACAAUUAGAAAAAACAA